UAGAGGGAUUAAAUGAGGUGUUGAUGGGAUUAUAUUAUGACUGGAUUGGUUGAUUGAUACUGAGUUUCACACUCGAAAGAACUAUCGCUAAAUCAACGACACCACCAACCUCACCACACCACGGCGCCGCCGCUCACGGCACAGCAAUCAUGCUCGACACCCCCGACACUGCCCACGUCCCGUUUACACACAUCUACGAACCAGCAGAGGACUCAUAUCUUCUCCUCGACACAUUUUCCUCCCCGCCCCUCACUUCACUUUUCCGAUCUCUCUUCCCCAUCUCUCCCCCCUCGCCGUCCCCACUCAUCCUCGAAAUCGGCACCGGCUCAGGCGUCGUCCUCGCCUUCCUCACCGCACACGCCUCAACCAUCUUCGGGCGCCCGGAUGUCCUAGCAUGGGGCGUGGAUAUAAAUGAACAUGCCUGUCGGGCGACGAGGGAGACUGUUGCUGUUGCUGUCCGCGAGGCAGGAACUGGGGGAGGAGGGACGUACAUCGGCAAUUGCGUAGGGGACCUGACCAGCGCAGUGGAGGAGGGGAGUGUGGACGUCCUAGUCUUCAACCCCCCCUACGUUCCCACCCCCGACGUCCCCGCCCUACAAGAAGGAGACGGCGAUAAAGAGGCCCCGAGCGACAGGGAAGUAGCUUAUGAGCGGGAAAGCCGCCUGCUGGCGCUUAGUUACGCGGGGGGGAGGGAUGGGAUGGAAGUCACCGACCGGUUAUUGGCGGAGAUACCGAGGGUGUUGAGUCAGAGGGGGAGCGCGUUCGUGUUGUUGUGUGCGCAGAAUAAGCCGGAGGAUGUGAUGAAGGGGGUGAGGGUGUGGGAGGGCGGGUGGGAGGCGGAGGUGGUGGGGAGGAGUGGGAUGAAGGGGGGGUGGGAGAAGUUGGUUGUGGUUAGGAUUUGGAGGGUUAGCGGCGGUGAAUAAAAUCGUGUCAAGUCGACUUUGGGUACGCUGUGAUUAGAAACCCUGCAUGAGGUGACCUGGAGAGUGGUAGGAAGGACGAUUGCAUUUUAUAUCUGCCAGUCCUCUCGCGCGUCAGCUCAUCCUUUCUUUUCCCCCUAAUAACGCCAGAACAACAUUGCCAUGCAGCCACUCCCAAAGGCCAUACAGAACCCAUCC